CUUUGAAACGCCACCGCGGAGGUUUGUCCUCUCCCGCGCUCCGUAGAGUCGAGUGGUUGCUAUGGAGAUGGUUGCGCGUGCUGCCAGUAAGGUAGUCGGUUACCGGGCGCUGCUUGUCAACAGUGCACGAGACCUCAAACCGUGCAACGACCAGGAAGGAAGGAAGGAUCGGGAAGGAAGAAACUACAAACCGGAGAGAGAGACUGAUAGACUUUGAAUGUGGCGCGGUGAUGAUCGCGAGGGUCUGGGGAUGAGUUCCACCGGGGCGCGGAUCAAAACUUCUCAGAAAGCCGCAGGAGCCGGAGCUCAGAGACCGAGUCCGAUAGUGAAGGAGUGUGGAGAGAACAGACCGGGUUUCAGUGAGGCCAGUAGGCAUUCUGACCUUCCCCGAGUCAUAAACCUUCUUCAGGAUCCCAUUUCACGCUCCCUGAAAGAACGGCACAUCUCGGCCUUGAAGCGGGUGGUGAAGAGAUGCCAGAAUGGUUAUCUCCUCAGAGACCUCUCGGACGUCUUUCAGAUUAUAAAAAUCUGUGCUGAAAAAUCAGAAGAGCAUCCUGAGUAUGUUUCCGUGCUGCGAGACCUGGUCCACUUAUGCAGGAUUCCCUUCUUAAAGGAAAAAGCGUCGGAUGAGAUGAAGUAUGCCGACGUCGUGAUGGACUCCCUCUCUCAGAUGGGUUUUCUAAUGCGGAUCCCAAGUGAUGCGGUUCAAGAGCAAAUCUGCGCUUCCAUCAUAUCGCUUUACAUCCCCGACAAAGUGCAGCAUUAUGGAGCUGGUGUGUGUUCCACGAGCCUGGUGUACAGGCGUGAGCUGGUCGAACGCAGCGGUCUGGCUGAGACUCUGCUCAUGUCUUUGGCUCUUCUGGAGAAGCAGCUGCCAGUCAGACUGCAGGUCCUACAGGCUCUACAGAUCCUCUCCAAGUCUUCUGCAGUGAACUGCAAUCUGAUCCUAAAAGUAGAAGGAGCUCAGAAGAUCUGCUUUCACAUGAACGAGCCGGAUCCAUCCGGACAAUUGCUCUUUCGCUCCACAGAGAUCCUGUGGAACCUUUUGGACAACGGCUCCAAAGAGGAAGUUACCAAGCAGCUCAGCAACAUGGACUGUGUCAUGGUCCUGAAAGAGACUUUCGUGCAACAUUUCCUGAACGGCACCAAACAAUACGACCGGCAGCUUCGCAACGAUCUUCUAGUAAUUACGACCCUGGUUGCAGAAAACCCCAGUGCUCCACUAAUUGAGAGCGGGUUCGCGCGGCAGCUUGUCCAUUACGCUACCAUUCCCGAGUUGAGGAGCAAUAACCCGCUGACCCACAACGUCAAGCUGACCUUCUGUAACGAGGACUUUGAGAUGAAAAAGCUGCUCCUCAACUUGGUUGUUGUUCUGUCCAGAGAUCUGGCAGCUAUACAGCUGUUUAAGGAGAGCUGUAUGAUUCUGGCUUUGAUGCUGCUUGUGCGGCCCGGGUUCACCGAGAGCAGGCGCGAGAAAGCCCGGCCCAGUUGGACGUCUGCCCAGCAGGAGGAGCUGCAGCUACAUGCUUUGGCUGCUUUGGCUACGUUGGGGCCACUCAUGCAGGAAGAGUACAUGGACUGUCAGGCGAACACCUGCCUGCUUGUGUUUCUGGACUGGUGCACUCAACAAGCAACAGGAACCGACUGCUUCUUUGGCAAAGGUCAGGGUUUCCAUGGCAGAGGAGGUCAAAAUGGGAGGAAGUCUCAGAUGCGCUACUGCAUGCGUCUGCUGCGCUGCAUGGUCUUACUUAACAACAACCUCAUCAACCAGGACGUCUGUGACCAGGGAGCCAUCAACCAGCUCACCGGGUUGCUAAGGCGAUUCCAGGAGAGCAAGGAGGAAGAGGACAAUGUGUCUGUGGAGAUCCAGUCUGACAUCCUGGUUACUCUGUCCAGCCUCUGCGAAGGAGACAUGCACAGGAAGGAGUUGUUUGGAGCAGAGGGUGUAGAGGUGACGAUUGAUUAUCUGAAGAUGAACCCAGCUCAGUUGUACAGUGGGUUGGGACACAACAGGCUCAUUCUCUGCACGAUGGAAUGUGUGUGGUCCUGCAUUGUCGGGUGUUACAUCUCCGAGGAUUUGUUUUUACAAAAGGAAGGAGCGUUUCUCCUACUUGACUUCAUCCAGUUGAGCCCCAGGAGCAUGCUGAAUGUCGCCGUGGCGACGCUGCUGGAACUGUGCGAAAACCCCAAAACGCUGCUACACGUCGAGGCCUGGAGAGGUGACAAAGAGCUCACGGCUCCGGCCCUGCUGCUGUGGCUCUGGAGAAAGGAAGAGAUGGAGCUCGGGGUCAAGAGAAACCAGUAUGGACAAAUAGAAGACAUGAAAAAGCCUCUCGAGACGAAGUACCAGAAACAGGAGCCGCUGAAAUCCAUCCCGGUGAAGAGUCUAAGCGCCGCUGUCAUGGACGUCACUGAAAACCUGCGUGCCAAAAUCUACGCUAUCUUCUGCAAACUAGGCUUUGAGAAUCUACAAGGUCUCACUGCUGAGGACUCCAUCACCUUGUGUAUAGUGAGCAGUUACCUGGACCUCAAGGCGGCCGAGACGUGGGAUGAAGUUAAGGCUGAGCUGGAGCUAGAAGGUGUGAGACCUCUCUCUCCGGAUGCAGAUGCUCUCAAAACCAUCUCCUGGUCGAGCGAAGAGAAAGUCAAACACGUGAUCGAGCUGCAGCAGAGCAUUAUAAACCAGAUAGAGCAGGAGGACCUCCAGAAGGAGAAGCGUACCUAUGAAGCGAUCCGUUUCAGCCACAAGCAGCAGGAGCUUACAACCAAGGCCUGGGAGCAUUACGUCGCUAAGACUUCCAACUUCAACAUCUUGAAGAAAUCAAAGCUGCUGCAGGAAAGAUCUAUUGAGUCAUCACGUCUGAGAGAGAAACCAGAGGGCUUUGUUUUCCACUCCACUCAAAUCUCCGGCCUGCAGACUACUACUUUCUGUGGGCGUACUUUGGCGAUCGACAGCACCCCUGCUGAGCUGACUGGGGGACCCCUGGCAAACACGGAUCUGGCCCUAGAAAGGGUCCCUAUUCAGGGCGGAGCACUGCGAAAAGUGUCCUCUUCUAAAACCGACAUGGAGCUUCCCAACACCGUCACCGUCAAAUGAAUGGACGUCAAGCACAAGACAGAAGCCUGGCAUUUAUUUUUCCUCACACACGUGUUAUAUAUCAUUGUCAGACUGACCACUAUUUUUAUAGGGUAUAAACUGAUGCAGAGGGGAGACGGAUUAAAGGAACAAUCAGGGAAAUGAAA